CGAUGACGGAGUUCCUGGUGUGUUUUAGCUGGUGCAACGGCGAGCCGCCCCAGCCGAAGAGGCGUCGGAGACUGGACCGGGAUAUGAUAGGAGAGCCCAUGAACUUUGUGCACACGGCGCAUGUUGGGGCAAGAGAGAUGAGCAGUGGCUUUCCAUCUGCUGUAUCAAUUCAGGACCACAUGAAGUCCAAAGGUGGCUACACAAAUGGUACUUCUGCAACUAUUCAGAUAUAGAAAACUGAGAAGGCUAAAAUUUUU